AUGCACUGCGCUGCGGUGCUGGGUGCUGCACGGGCAGCCUCAACUGCUCCUCUCCUCAGGGCUCGGCUCCUGGGGAUGGCAAGGCGUGCCAUGCUGCUGCUCGGGCCGGGGCCGAGCAUUGUGCCCCCCCGCAUCCUGGCUGCAGGCGGCCAGCAGCUCCUGGGCCACAUGCACGCCGAGGUACUGCAGCUGCUGGAGCGUGGUGACACCGCGCUGGUGGCCGUCAAUGGCAUCUGGGGACAACGUGCUGCCGACAUCGCCAGGAGGUUGGGAGCCAAUGUCCAUGAGCUGCUGAAACCCCCGGGUGAAUACUUCACUCUGUGGGACAUCGAGGAGGGCCUGGUGCGGCACAAGCCCUUGGUGCUCUUCAUCACCCAUGGCGAGUCCUCCACGGGGGUGCUGCAGCCGCUGGAGGGUCUGGGCGAGCUGUGCCACCGGCAUGGCUGCCUGCUACUCGUGGACGCGGUGGCAUCGCUCGGGGGAGCCCCCAUCUUCAUGGACCAGCAGGAGAUCGACGUCCUGUACUCGGGGUCUCAGAAAGUCCUCAACGCCCCCCCCGGCAGUGCCCCCCUCUCCUUCAGCGAGCGAGCCAGGGAGAAGUUGCUGAGGAGGAAGAUGCAGCCCCCAUCCUUCUACCUGGACAUGGGCUGGCUCCCCCACCACUGGUCUGCCGUGGGCCGGGCCGAACCUGCCCGGGUGCCCCUUGGGUUUUGCAGGUACCACCACACGGCACCGAUCAACAGCUUCUUCAGCCCCGCACGCGGCAGGGACCUUCUCCCUCCUCUCCGUCCACAGGGUCUGGAGAGCUCGUGGGAGCGUCACCGGGCCAACUGCGCCCAGCUGUGCCAGGGGCUGCGCGACCUGGGCCUUGAGCUCUUUGUGAAGGAGGAGAAGGCGAGACUUCCCACCAUCACCACUGUCAGGGUGCCCGAGGGCUACGACUGGAAGAAGAUCACAGCCUUUCUCAUGGACAACCAUGCCAUCGAGAUUGCCGGGGGCCUGGGCCCCUCAGUGGGCAAGGUCCUGCGAAUCGGCCUCAUGGGCUGCAACUCGACCAGCAGCAACGUGGACCUUGUGCUGCGUGCCCUGCGAGACGCCCUCAGGCACUGUCACCACAGCAGGCUGUGA